AUGGAGCUAGACAUAGACAAAAAGCUUGGUGCAGUCUUUGCCUCUUUUGACGGCUUCAUAGAGCCUAUACUGGAGAUCCAGGAGAACAUCGUGCCGCGUGCUAAUUUCUCACAUUGGGCUGACAACCUCCGAUUCAUAGAGGUUCCCAGGAUUAGCACACCUGAGCUGGACGACUUUUUCCGGACGAAACUGCUGAACUUGACAGAUAAGGGUGAAUUUCCGGGAGAGAAGAACUACCUCGCAGUUUCGUAUUGCUGGGAUUCUUUCGAAGUGUCCGAUGGAACGCGUGCUUGCACGCCUUACAGAAUUCGAACAGACAGGGGUAUCCGACCAAGCAGGGCACCCAGUAGUGUUCUCGAGAGGUCUGUAUCCUAUGCUAUUACACGCGGUGUUCCCUUCGUGUGGAUCGACCAGGAAUGUAUCGACCAAGAUGAUUCCAAUGACUUGGAACAAGGCAUCCAGUGUAUGGACCAAGUCUAUCGAACUGCUACACACUCUAUCGGACUGCUGAGCACAAAACUCCACGCCGAGUCGACCUUGCGAACAUUCACUCGAAUUCUGUCCCAUAUACGGGAUAAGUCUAACCGUUCGGACGAUUCCUGGCAGACUUCUUGGCACGAUCCGGUUGACCCACAGAGCCUGUCAGACGUGAACCAUCUUUUAUUCCAAAUUUCAUCCGACAGGUGGUUCCGUCGGAAUUGGACAUACCAAGAAGCAAGUUGCACUCAGGGUCAAAUGCAACUUCUCAUACCACAAGCAUUCGGCCAACAACUUUCGAUCACUGACGGAAUCCUUAAUCAAGUUUCUUUGCGACUGUCCGAGCUUUACGAUGUCGUUUCGGUGAUUGGAGCCACGGUAGAUAAAUUCCUACCUCAAACAUCGUCAGGAGCUGAGAAUAUAGACAUGGAGGCGAUGAGCGGGCUUUAUGUGCAAGCAUGGGACCAGAAUAAACGGAGAACACGUCCACAGAGCUACGAAGUUGCAAGUCAGAUGAGCUAUAGGGACAACUCAGUAGUCGCAGACCGGCUAGGCAUCACAGCGAAUCUGUGCGACUAUUCAAAAACCAUCGAUCCUUCCUCGUUGAGACUAAAGAAAUACACCUACAGCAUAUGUGCAUUCGCGCUAGCUUUAGUCAACGGGGCUAUUAUUCCUUCGGGCCGCUCGAAUAUAUUCGCGUCUACUGGCAAGCCAAUUUAUCGCUGGCAGGACCUGAAGAUUUACGAUUUCAUUGCUUCCCCAAUAUAUUUAUCUACUAUGCACGCCCAUCCCUAUCGUAUUGAACAGCGCUUUGCCAAUGUUAAAAUUAGGAGAGAGGGAUUGGAAACCUCCGGUUGGCUCUGGAUGGUUGACAGAAGGAUCGAGCUUCCGAAGCUCAGAGAGACACAUUACAAUCUCCUCGAGAAGCUUCAGUGGCCCAGAGAUCUGAAAGCUUUGUCUACUCCCCUGAAGGCGCUCUUAGCAGAUCUCUUUGAUGAGCUGCAAGAACUCAAUCUCCGAAGAGUUGCAAGCACUUUGCGUACAUGCAUUAAAGCGGAAGAGACCGAAGCCACGGCGACUGAUUCGCGACAUUGUCUGGACGAGUUUACCACGGACCACUACCACAUGAGCCACUGGUUUUUUGAUCUAUUGGAAAGCCUCCUCGAACGAGGUUAUCUCUGGUGCGGCAGGCUUGACGGCGAAGAGGAACCUAGCAGUGUAUUCCAUUGUGAGAGUGCUGUGACGGUGUUCACAGGCAGCGCAACUAGCUUUGUCGACAUCCCUAGGCCCUGGAUGGCUCAAAACUUCAUAUCUUCUGAGGUUGUCCCAGGGGCUCGGGCAGCGGACGGAGUUACUGAACUGGUGCAUACGAUGGAAAACAUUAAUGGGGCUUGGUAUCCAGUGGGAAAUUCGAGCAGGAGAUUCCUCUUUCCAUGGGGCGACCAAUGA